UUAGUUUCAGGUGGUCAGCUCAGGUGGAUUUUUUCGAACAGGACAUUGUGAGCUUAGCAGACAACGUGUGGGUGUCCUGUACUGACCUACCUGUGGGUGAGAGAGCGAAAAUAGACUUUACAAAGGUUUUUGAUGACAUAAUAGAGCUGCUAGCACAAAUGGUGGAAAUUCUGAUCCCUGCGGUUUAAUAAUUUGAUGAAUUAUGUGACACUAUAGUGUUGUGCCUACACUAAACGUAUAUAGACUAAAGAACCUGCCACUUUGCCAUUGUGCAAAUAGGCUGUUAAGGAGUUUUAAGCAUAUCUUUGUUACUUUAGAGAGGAUUGGUGUCGAUUAACUCGGAGAUAAUUUUGAGAUUCAUUUUGACGUAUAUCAACGCAACAGUACGAUGUCAAAGGAUUUCUGAGAGCAUUUUCUUCCAGAGAAAUUCUCACUAAAGUAGACCGAGCUCUCCCCUACUCUGGAGCAAGGGAGGCGGAGUGCAUCAACACGUGUCCAUUCUCUAUUUUAUCUAGCCCUGCAUGUAACUCAAUACAGAACUGAAAUAGACUGUGAGACCACAGCACCAGUUGACUACCUUUCUUUGUGCCUGGACCGACUGUUCAUUGUGCAUUUCCACUGCGCGCAUUGUUUGUGUGUGUUUUUUUUUUUUUUAACAUUGACUGGAGUUUGGAGUUACGACUUAUUAAAUGUAUGUGGGAAUUUAUUUUCGGGUCUUUUUAAGUUUGCUGCCCUUAUGGGUUGUUGAUGGGAAUCAGUGUCCAGAAGGUGUGUUAACGAUUCACCCUGAGAGAGUGGUUGUGAAAUAUGGGGAUUUCGUGGAGGUGAACUGUAGCGCAUCAGGACCACAUGAUGGGAUGGGCUGGGAGGCUACUGUUGGGAACAAACCCAUUGAGGAGGACAUCCAUCUGAUCACCUGGACUGUGGAAGAGCUGACAGAUUGGGAUGUGGAAGCUCAGUGCUUCAUCAAUCUAGAGGAUGAACAGUGCAUCAAAACCCUUACUGUUGUCAUGUACAAGGAUCUAGAACAUGCACCUGUACUCUCAGCUAACCACACGGGACCAAUGAUCGAGGGAACUACAUAUCUGCUCCAGUGUGCCGUAUACAACGUCGCACCUGUCCGUACCCUUACCGUGAUGUGGUACAGAGGGGAUGUACUGAUAGGUCAUUCCCCAGCUGACAACAGCACAGAGCUGCCCAGCCCAGUAAAUGUGACUGCCAGCCUCCGGAUCACCCCGACAAAACAUGAUGAUGGAGCCCAGUUUCGGUGUGAGGCAGAGCUCAAUCUGGGACAAGAGGGACCUCAACCACCCCCUCCUAAAAUGAUAUCUCAGAGUGUUAGCAUCACUGUGCACUAUGGUCCAGUAACAACCAACUGUCCACGCACCAUUGAAAUAUCAGAGGGGGACAAUCUGGAAACAUUUUGUCCCUCUGAAGGCAACCCACGUCCUACCGUCAGAUGGCUCCGAGAUGGACUGUCCAUAGACCCCAGUCGUCCACUCAGCAGAGAGGACAGUGGUGUCUAUACUGUCAACGUUACAGGACUGUUGUCAUUUGAAGAUACGAUUGAAGUCUUUGUGAUGUAUGGUCCAGUAUUUCACUGUCCCAGCAGUUACAUCGUUGAGGAAUAUACAGCUCAUAACCUAUCAUGUGAGGCGGACGGUUACCCCAGACCUGACACACAGUGGCUUAAAGAUGGCGAGGAAGUCGUUUUGCCAGAGGAACUCUCUAGAGGUUAUGGGGGGCAAUAUUUCAUCCUGGCCAACAGCACCUACGGAAAUGCUUCUCACUUACUGGAUAUCAAAGUCCUCUAUCCACCCUCACCCAUAGCUGAACUUGAGGACACAGAGGUGGACGUGGUGGGGUCUGAUGUGGUGCUGAAAUGUGCUGUUCAUGGAGACCCUCGGCCGCAGUACGAGUGGAGCUACCCUUGGGUCAGUAAUGUGUGGGUGAAGACUGAGGAUGGGGUGUCCCUGCUGCACAUUAAUGGAACCACCGAAGCAAACAUUGGAACGUAUGUAUGUUUUGCCUUCAACAAGCUUGGAGAAGCGCGCAGAUCUGUCAGAGUCACUGUGAAAGGAGUACAGGCUUCAUGUCCAAUACAGUUUUCCAGCGCUAACAAACCAGUGAACGAAACAGUGGUGGAAUAUAACAAGAAUGUGUCAAUCAGAUGCUCUGCCCCAGGACACAAAGAGAUUCUCUGGACAGUUUCACGGAAUCACAGAAUCACAGGAGACACGUGGACAGAGAAAGCCCUAACAGACUGGAAUGUAAAGCCCAUUUGCAAAGUUACUUUAUGGAACCGCGACCCUUGCCAUAAACUCUUCAAUGUUACUCUUUUCAAAACGCCAAAGGAUUUAUCCAUCCGUUUUCAGAACCACUCUGGACCUUUAAUUAAGGAUAAACAAUAUACACUCCUGUGUGAGAUUCAAAAUGUCGCUCCAAUCAAGAACCUCGUUGUCAACUGGUACAAAAAGGAAAUAAACAGUUCUCGUUCCGUGAAGAAUGAAACAUUUCCGGACAACUCCAUCAAGACACCCCAAAAUGUUUCCUCCACCCUCCUCAUCAGAGCCACCAAGUCUGAAAACGGGGCGCAGUACUGGUGUGAGGCCAGACUGAAGCUGGGAGACCACGACACGAGCGCCACAUCACAGCCCCUCAGUGUCACCGUCUACUAUGGACCAGUUAUUACCCGGCCAAAUGUCAGUGACUUGCCCGUGUUCAAAGACUACCAGGAGGUGUUGGUGUGUGAAGCAGAGGGAAACCCCAAGCCAGAAAUCAUUUGGAUCUUCAACAACAAAUCCAUCAAAGGUGGCAAUCUCACCAUUGGCACUGAAAUGGCAGGGUUGAUCCACUGCAGAGCAAGCAAUGAGGUUGACGUCGCUACAAAAACAGUGAAGCUGGUGUUCAAAGAGGACUACUUGCCCCUGAUUGCCGGCUUUGUGGCAGUGAUCGUGGUGAUCACCUCGGUGAUCUUCAUCUUCAUCUACUCCAUCUACUACACAAACACCAAGAUGGGCCGCUACAGCCUGAAGGACGCCAAGCCCAACACACAAAAUGGCAACGUUGCACAGAAUGGCCUUGACAGCAACUUUCCCAUGAAGAAACUCUCGCAACAGAACAUCUAUGUCUUGGAUGGGACUCCGUGACUUGUGAUGCGCCUUGUGAGGAUGUGCAUCACUUCAUUCAAAGCAAGCUCGGGCCAGAUUUGAGUUUUCUGACCAGCCAGAGAGGGUUACGGCGGGUCCUCAGCCUAUCCGAUCAUCAUCCUCAUACUCCUUAAGAUCAGCACACACACUGUCUUUAUCCGAAUCCGCCCAAAAGCUUGUUUGGUCUGGCAGAACCUUGCUUGCUGACUACAGAGAACGGCCUGUACCUUUUUUCCUUUGUGAUCAUUUUUGCCCCAGGAUGUUUCCAACUGAGGUACAUGUCAGUUGGAAGAGGCUAUAGGACCAUCUGUUACUUUGCAGUGAAUGAAUACGUUGACAUAGUACAGUCCAGUACAGCUUUCGUGCUAUGCAUAAAGAGAGAAUAUAUGUUGGGCAUUACAGCAUGUUUUUUUCUUCUUGUGAGUCAGCUGUGUAGCUCAGCUAACUACUGUUAUUCUGUAUGUGGGAGGUACUGUGUGCUGAGGUCACCACUGCAUCAUCAUCAUCAUCACCACCAUACAGCACGGUUGUUUGUUAUUCAAAUGGUGUUUGCGUAGAUUCCUCCUUCUGUGGCUGUCACUUGAGACAUGCUUGGCCCUGUGUAUGAUGUCAUACUGUUAUGCUAUUACAUGCACGUAUUAGAAAUAUUAUCUUAUAAUUCUAUCAGUAUCUAACUACAUCUAAAAUGAACGUAAAUAUGUAUAGAUCUGUGAUGUGAAAUAGCCCCUUAGUGUCACUGCUGUUUGAAGACUUGCAAAAAGGGGGGGG